UACCAAAUUGUUUCUUCGUUCAUCGGGCCAUAGUGACACUGGGACCUUCCCCUGGCCAGUAAUUUUGGUCAGUGGAAGCCAAAAUUUUAUUGAUUUUUGGCCGCGCUACUCAGGAGGGAUUGGCACAAAGAUGGCGGACUUUGAAGACGAGGGUAGUGCCAGACUGGCAGCGCAGACUGAUGAAGGCGCCGAUCCUAGACUAGGAGCCGACCACCACACCGCAUCAGACCUACAGUUUGACCCUCUCGCGCCAUCCUACGGCACGGGGAUGACCACCCACGGGUUCGAGGACAACCUGCCCGCCAACCUUGCCGGCUCCGACAGCUUCGGCUACCAGGGCGGCGACCACGACCUCCCGGCGAACUUUGCUAAGCAACACGUUUCAGACGAUUACGGACACGAUUCGGAUGACGUCAUCGACCACGCCAACGGGUCGAACCCGUUCACGGACGACGGCAGCCAAGACGUCCCGGCCGGGUCGUACAACGCCAGUGACGACCGCCCCAUCAUGGGGUACAACCCGUUCUUGAACGACGACCGCGGAGCUGGGGGUCAAGGUCGGUUUGAAGACGGCGGGGACGCUGGUGAUUUUAAUAAAGAAAACGAAACCAGGAUGACCGGAUACGGCAGGUUGGAUGAGGAAGUGGAGGACGCGGAUCUGGAUAUGGAUCCAGUGGAGAACAUCCAAGACAACCAGGGCGAUUACAGGCACCAGGAACCAGAAGUGGGAGACUUUAUGAGUCACGAAGACCCCAGGCAGAUAGCCGCAAGGUUUAGAGAUGACGAGCGGGAAGGGGAGUCUGGGGAAUACGGUUACCAAGACGAUGAACGGGGUCAACAUGACCUGGAAGAGGAACCACAGAGCAGGGAGUCUUACAAUUACGACGACAGUGAACAGCCUGUCAAGUUUGAGGCUGUUGGGUGUAAACUGUACGGGGAACAGCCUGCACAGGGAGAACAGCCUCAGUAUGAAGAGGAACCUGAAGAAGACCACGCCCCAGCUGAUUUUGGCGAGGGUGCUGGGAGUGAGCAUCAAGCUGAGAUUAUCAGGUAUGAUGGCGAGUACAAAGCUAUCGGGUGCAGCAUCUAUGGCGGUCCGACACAAAAGGAGCCCAGUCAUGAAGAGGAAAUAGAAGAACAAGAAAGUCCAAAUGACGCUGACGACAAACCUGAAUAUAAACCUGAAAUUGUCAAGUGUCAGCUUUUUGGACCUGCUGAUGAUGAGGCAGAACAAGCUGAACAGGGAGACCAGUCAUACGAUGAUGAAACAAUCCAAGAAAAAGAACCAGAAGAUAACAAAGAUGAUGAUGCAAAUGACCCUGACGAGAGACCUGCAUACAAACCUGAAAUUGUCAAAUGUCAGCUGUUUGGACCAGCUGUUGAUGAAGCAGAGGCUGAGCAUCCUAUGGAUGCCGGCAAUGAUGAACACGAUGAGCCGGAUCACAAAAUUGAAGCCGUUGGUUGUAAACUUUACGGCGACGAAGCAAGCCAUGAAGAAACAGAAGAACAAGAAAACAGAGAAGAUGCUGAGGAGAAUCCUGUGUACAAACCGGAAGUUGUCAAAUGUCAACUUUUUGGUCCUGCCGUUGACGAUGCCGGACAAGCCGAGCAAGGUGACGAGCAAUAUGGCGGCGAUGAAGAAGAUCACGGCGCAGCUUCUCAAGAUGAGCAGUUGCCAGAACAAUACGCUGGUGAAGAAGAGGACCACGAUUAUGAAAGAGAAUACGAACAAACACCCAAACAGGGCAAGGAUGAAGAUUUGGGAAUCGUCAACCAAGCUUUUUCAGACGACGCCGAGUUAGAAGAUAAGAGAGUGAUAGAGGAAGAUGAAAGUGAAGAGCGGGAGUUGAAAGAAGACGACACAGACAAAUUUAAAGAGGAACAGUUUGAAGAGGAGAUUACUACAGCCAAAACUGUUGCUGGCGUAGAAUCCGCUAACAACGCCACCUACUCAGACCAUGAAGAUGAGAUAGGGGAUGAAGAUGUAGGCGAUGAUGAAUAUACAAAAGAAACACAUGAAUCACGGGAAGAACGAAUAACGGAGGAAUUAGGUCACCAACCAGAUGUAACCGGUACUUCACAACAGUUUGAUACAAAGGGAGACUACUCGCCUAAUAAUUUAUCAGAAGACGAGGAAGAGUUUAAACAAGAGAAAAUGCAGUCUGUAGAAAAAGGUUUUGAAUCUCGUUUUACCGAUUCAGACACAAUGUCAUGUCAGCAAGAGGACCGUAGUUUUGUUGAUAAUCUUUCAGAACUUACUUCCCCUGACACCAUCCCGCAACCUCUGCCCUCCCCGCCUGAACCUAGAGACAUGUCACCCUUUGACCCCACCGCCCCCUCCGAUUCCCCGUCUCCUUGUCAUGAUAAUCUAGGUCAACACGGUGAGACGAUUCAACACGAAGCGACAGUGGAUGAGAAUAACACAGGUGAUUUCUUAACGGACGGCGAGGUAGAAGGUGAAACGAAGUUCGGUGUUGAUGGUACAGCGAUUACAUCAACAUCUUCUAGGAAUAGUGCGUUUUUAAAUUCAGAAGACGAAGAGGAAGAAACAGAGGAGGAAUCACAACAACUAGAUCAAGGUUGUCUUACUACAACCGGCACGACGGAAACGGAAACUAGCGUUGACGAUAAAAGCGGUGAGUACGGUACUGGUCAGGGUUUCGAACCUAACAUGGAAAAUAAUGAUAAUGCUUUGAUGUCCAUGUCAAUGGAGGGUAGCUUUUACGAUGAUGGGGGUGAACUCAUAGGCGGAGAAGAUAGGCGGGCUCAGGAACACCAACACUACACAGAUGAAGACAGUUACGACCAGCAUAGUUACGAACUAAAUCAACACAUUCAAAAUGGGUUCCCCCCUCAGCCAAGUCAGGAUGCAUUUCAACAACCAAGUACAGAUGCAUUUGAGGCUCAUGAGGAUGAGUUUACAUCCACAAGCCAGGAUAAUGUUUCCGCUGCCCCUCCUAAUGUCAGUGAGGGUCAGGACUCCCUCCUCGACACCCCAGUUGUAGCUCAGGGUCUUCAAACUCCCGUUACCGAACACAGCUCUGUGGAUUCCUCUGUGGAUAAGGCUGGUAUUGAUUCUUUUGUUCAAGAUUUUCAAUCAAGUGUCCAUGCUGCUCCUCCAGAAGCAGAGCAUGAGGAGCCGGAGGUGGAAGAGCAUGGUGAAAGCAGCAUUGACGCUGUUGGAAUUAGCAGCACCCCAGAUGAAGGUGAAGCUCAGCGAAACUUAGAAGAAGCUUUACAGAGCUUACAAGUAUCAGAACCAGUCCCAGAAAAGGCGGAAGAGCCGUCAUCUUCCGUAGAUGAGCCACCACCACCACCCUCCAAAACUGAUGAUGCUCUUGCGGCUGCCGCUGCCCCGGCCGCAGCUGGUGUAGUUGCUGCAGCAGCUGCUGCGGCUACAGCCACCACUACAAAAACAACGGUAAAGAAAUCCACACCAGCCAAGGCUGGUACUAAAACAGCAACAACAACAACAACUAAAGUUAAGGAGACCAAAACUACCACAGCCAAUGGUAGACCAGCGAGUGUGAAAAAAACCGAAGUCACUACUACAACUACUACAAAAACAGCACCAAAGAAACCUGCAGAAGCCAAACCAACUUCUGCCAGUACAACUGAAAGGAAGACAUCUGCGAAACCUUCAUCAGCGUCUCCAACCAAGACAGCAGCCCCAGCUGCGCCUAAACCCUCUGGACCUAUGCCAUCGUAUGCGCAACCAAUCACGCCUAGAAAACCCAGAGAGCCCAAACCUGCAAGUCCAGACGAGAAGAAAGCCCCCACACCCAGAACACCCUCAGCCACACCCAGGACCCCUAAACCUCAUUCUGCUACUACAGCAAGUGCUACUACUACCACUAGCACCAUCACUAAAACAACAGUCAGAACGACGUCUGCCACUGUUGCAUCAAGCAGAACAGCUCAGCUGGCGCGUCCUAAAUCUUCACCCACCAAACUUACUAAUGGUACCAAUGGAACUACUGCGGAUACUCAUAAAUCCCCCACUAAAAAGCCAGCUGAUUUGAAAAAUGGUGUGAAGCCAGUAACAGAGAAAAAGGAAAUAAAGGCCACAUCUACAGCCACAGCAUCCAAGCCCUCUACCCCAGCAACACCAAAAUCCCCAACAAAAACAGCAUCACCCAGAACACCAUCUGCAACUACACCCAAGAGUGGGGAGGUCAAGUCAAAGAUUGGUUCACUUGAUAAGGCAAACCACACCCCAGGAGGGGGAAAUGUGAAAAUUAUUCACAAGAAACCUGACUUGUCAAAUGUCACCAGCAAAAUUGGGUCAAAAGAUAAAAUGGACCAUAAACCAGGUGGUGGCAAUGUAAAAAUUGAAACUAAAAAGUUGAAAGUUGAGGCCAAGUCUAAAAUUGGCUCUUUGGAGAACGCCACACAUAAACCCUUGGGCGGAGACAAAAAGAUUGAGACGAAGAAGCUUGAGUGGAAAGUUGAGUCUAAAAUUGGCUCUCUUGAUAACGCCAAGCAUAUAGCAGGCGGUGGGGACAAAAAGAUUGAGGUCCAAAAAACAGAGUGGAAAGCUCAGUCAAAGGUCGGAUCAUUAGACAAUGCAAAACACAAGCCAGGUGGUGGGGAUAAACAGAUUCGAUCAGAAAAGCUGGAUUGGAAAGCUGAAGCUCGCAUUCGCUCUCUGGAAAAUGCAAAUCAUGAGCCGGGUGGUGGAAAUAUCCAAAUUGAGACCAGAAAAUUAGACUUCAAAGAGAAGGCUUCUCCCAAAAUUGGCUCCCUGGAUCAAAAGAAGUUGAACUCAAGUACAGAGGGCGCUGCUACUGAAGUCCCAGCAACAAAUGGAGCAGUGUCAGACAACUGAACCCAACCCUACUAGUGGCUCAUUAGACCAUAGCAACUGUGUGACAAAGUCGUCCAAUGAAGAGCAAGCAUUUUAUCCAUCCAGCCAAUGACAUGCUAGCUUUCAUUGCCCCAGACACAAGCUACAUCUAAAUUAAGAAUAUUUUUUCUCUCAUUGCUACCAUAUGAAGAUUUGACAGUGUGCUGAUGUUAAUCACUCUAAAAUAUUGAGAUUUAUACUUUUAAAAUUACAUUAUAGUGGUAAUUUUUUUUCAUUUUUACUUAUAUCAGGGAGACCCACUUGUAAAUUUAUCUUUAUUUAAACUCAUUGAUUUGAGAAAAAUCGGGGGGAAAGUGAAUGCUCUCAGACAAAAGUACUUUUUAUAAGCAGUCCUUUCAUUUCGACAAUUUCGCGUGGUUUAAAAAAAAAUUGGUUCUGACGCUAGCGCUGCCAACAUGGCACAGUAAAUUAAAAGGACUGCUUUGAAUAGAAAGAUAAAUCCUUUUAUUUUACUGAUAGCAACUUAAAUCAUUUUUAUAUCACUACUUUGUGAAAGUAUUUAAUGACACAAAUUUUCAGAUAGCAACUGGUCAUAAACAAAAGGCUAUCGUACAUUUUCUUGUGAGCCUCCACGUAGUCAUGUCAUGAGACCACUUUGGUUGCGUCGCUAGCUUUCUGUUGACAUCUCUCGUGUUUAUAUUGAUAUUUGUUAUGUGCAUUCAGUUUAGAAAGAUGUCUAUACUAAUGCUUCAUUGAAUCAAUUACUUUUUAUUAGAAUUUUAGACAACAUAGGAAGAUCAUCUCAACUUAAUGUAUUUGUUUUCCCUGGAAUUUUUUUGGUAUUUGAUCGAUUUAAGUCUAAAAAUGUAUGGUGCAAUUCACAGGAAGUAGACUAGCCUGUCUUGUCACAUAGUGCAGGGUACAGCUAACAGCGUGUUGCUGUGUAUAAGAUUGGUGUAGACUUGUCAUAUUUUUCUCUCUGCCAUCACGUCGCAUUUUCCAGUAGACACUUUAGAAAGUUUUGCCACCAUUUUUUACAGUUUAAAAAAAAAAUUGAUUUCUUUUUUGACCAUAUUUAAAAAUUCCAUGUAACUUUUUUUUCUAAUUUUGCAGAGAACAAUAUUUUGCUCACUAUUCCAUAUAAAAAAAUUAUUUUAUAAUCAUGCUAAAAAUGUCAUAAAAAUAUGAAUGCAUUAUACUUUAAAUAUUUUUCUUUGCUGUUAAAAAAAACUUUUAUCAAUUAUUUGGUUUAUAUUAGUCUUAAUUUGUGCCUCCGUGUUUGCAAUAAACGCUUCCGAAACAAAGAAAUUUUAUUCAUAGGUGUUUUUCUACUGCUCACACCUAUGUUAUUGAAAUUCUUUUCACACAAAGAGUUCUCUACUAGGUAUACAAAAUUUUCACUAAAUCAAUUGUUACUGAUAUAUUUUUUUUCUUUGCUUUAAAUGUUGAUCAGAUGCUCCCAAUUUUUUUUUUUUUACUUUAUUGUGAUAAAGGUUAAUGCUUUCUAUGUGUGUAAUGAUAUCAUGCAAUAUUUGUUCCAUUACUGUACAUGAAAACAUUUUUACUGCGUCUUAUUUCUAACUUUGUACCAACUAAACAGUCGAGAGCAAACCGCUUUUUUAUGAGUUAACACCAAGUUUUUUUUUUUAUUUCCCUCAAAGUGGAUAGCUAAUACUUUUUUUUUAACAUUUGUAUUCUCAAAUAAAGUAUGUUAAAAAUGUA